ACCCAGAGUAUAAGGAGGAAUCUCUAGGGCUGUUCUCACUCAUUCAGAUCACUAUCACUCCUGAAGCCUCACUUGGCAUACAACAUCAGAGCAGGAUGCGUGAGUGUAUCUCAAUUCAUGUGGGUCAGGCUGGUGUGCAGAUUGGUAAUGCCUGUUGGGAGCUGUACUGCCUGGAACAUGGCAUUCAGCCUGAUGGGCAGAUGCCCAGUGACAAGACCAUUGGAGGGGGUGAUGACUCCUUCAACACCUUCUUCAGUGAAACUGGGGCUGGCAAGCAUGUGCCUCGAGCUGUCUUUGUGGACCUGGAGCCCACAGUGAUUGAUGAGGUUCGGACUGGCACCUACCGCCAGCUCUUCCAUCCAGAGCAGCUCAUCACAGGCAAGGAAGAUGCCGCCAACAAUUAUGCACGAGGCCACUACACUAUUGGAAAAGAACUUAUUGACUUGGUACUGGAUCGAAUCCGAAAGCUGGCUGACCAGUGUACAGGACUCCAGGGCUUCCUCAUCUUCCACAGCUUUGGGGGUGGCACGGGCUCUGGCUUCACCUCCCUGUUGAUGGAACGGCUCUCAGUCGACUAUGGCAAGAAGUCCAAGCUAGAGUUCUCCAUCUAUCCAGCCCCCCAGAUUUCUACAGCUGUGGUAGAGCCCUACAACUCCAUCCUGACUACCCACACCACCCUCGAGCACUCAGAUUGUGCCUUCAUGGUGGACAAUGAGGCCAUCUAUGAUAUCUGCCGCCGAAAUCUGGACAUCGAACGUCCCACCUACACCAACCUCAACCGUCUUAUCGGCCAAAUUGUCUCCUCUAUCACAGCAUCUCUUCGUUUUGAUGGUGCCCUUAAUGUGGACCUCACAGAGUUCCAGACCAACUUGGUGCCCUACCCUCGAAUCCAUUUCCCCCUGGCAACCUAUGCACCUGUCAUCUCUGCUGAGAAGGCCUACCACGAGCAGCUCUCAGUGUCUGAGAUCACCAAUGCCUGCUUUGAGCCAGCCAACCAGAUGGUGAAGUGUGACCCUCGUCAUGGCAAAUACAUGGCCUGCUGUCUUCUGUACCGUGGCGAUGUGGUGCCCAAAGAUGUCAAUGCUGCCAUCGCCACCAUCAAGACCAAGCGUACCAUUCAGUUUGUGGACUGGUGCCCUACUGGCUUCAAGGUUGGCAUCAACUACCAGCCACCCACUGUGGUCCCUGGUGGGGAUCUGGCCAAGGUACAGAGAGCAGUGUGUAUGCUGAGCAACACAACAGCCAUUGCAGAAGCCUGGGCUCGUCUGGACCACAAGUUUGACCUGAUGUAUGCGAAGAGGGCAUUCGUGCAUUGGUAUGUAGGUGAGGGCAUGGAGGAGGGAGAAUUCUCUGAGGCUCGGGAGGACAUGGCAGCCCUGGAGAAAGAUUACGAGGAGGUGGGCAUGGAUAGUUUGGAAGGGGAAGGGGAGGAAGAAGAGGGAGAUGAGUACUAAAGAAAGAACUGGAAGCUUAUUUCAAAUAAAAUGCUUUAUCUUCAGUGUC